AUGGACCAUUGCGCCUCGGUGCUGUUGGCCUUCGAGCCCGGAGCGUCCGCUGGCAGACAGCUUAGCAAUGAGCAGUAUGACCAAGAGGCGAGAAAACACCAUCAUAGAGUCGGCAGGCUCAUGAAGGAGCAUGCCGCCGAGCUCGCCGCGAAUGGCCUGAAUCUGCUCCAGCAUCUUGACCCGGCUCUGAACUCGAUAUCCUAUCUCACAAUUCUCGAUUCCCUCGUGCCCUCCGAUCCCACGCAAGCUACCGACUACAACCCUGCCCUGGCAGAGGCCAUCGUCAACUUCCUGUGCCGCUUCGACACGAGACAGAUACGGUAUGCGGGAGCGCCAUUCACGAACCUGUUCACUGCAGUAGGGUCAGGCAGCAUCCUUCCGGCUUCGAUAGCAGUGACAGUAUUGACAACGGCCCUGCGACGACUCGACCCUCAAGGGCACACGAUGACUUCAAACCAUCUCACUCUAGCAAAGCUGGCAUAUCACUCCAAUAAUGUUGCACCUGCACUACCUGUCAUUUCCCAAAGCAUCGUCUUUUAUCCCGGCAUGAUGAACAGCUACUCGGAGACCAGGCGGAUAUGCGACCCGAGCCUUCCCUCUCAAAGCUACUUGACUCGAGACACCGGCCUUACAACAUCCCUCCGUCCGGCACAGGUUCUCGAGUACGAAUACCUUGUCGGCCUGAUGUUUUGCUCCCUGCGCGAUUGGGCUGCCGCCACAGCCGCCUUCGAGCGCAUCAUCACAUUCCCGAGCCGUGACGCCGGUGUCAGCAAGGUCAUGGUCGAGGCUCACAAGAAAUGGGUGUUGACCUCUCUCCUCCGCUCCGGCAAGAGUGCAAGCCAGCCAGCGCUCGUCAGCGGCCCCACCAGCCGCACUUUCGGCAUCCUCAGCAAACACUACCUGCAGAUUGCCGAGCACUUUGACGCGCUCGACGUCACCGCGUUGCGAACCGCAGUCACGGAGCAUGCGAGCAGCUUUGGCGACGACGGAAACGAGGGCCUGGUGCGGGAGAUCUUGGCCACUUUCCAGCAAUGGCAGAUCUACUUUCUGCGCGAUGUCUACGCCAAGGUCUCCAUUGCCGAGCUUCGCGCCACGACAUACAACGCCGACACUGGCGGACAUCUGGCCUCCGACGCGGCGAUUACGGACCUGGUCCGCAGGAUGAUCAGCUUGGGCAUGCUGGCCGCCGCCAUCCACGAGGCGGAGGGCGGACGCCCGGCGUACCUCGAGUUUCUCCCCGAGAGCAAGAGCGCGACGUCCGAGGCGGAGUACGCGCGGGCUCUGGCCGCCUCUGCGCAGCGUCUGCGGCAGCUCAAGGCGACGCUGGGCACAAUGGACGAGCGGCUCGUCAUGGGUAAGGAGUAUGCGCGAUACCAGCUUAAGGAGCAGCAGCGGCGGGAGAAGGCGGGGCGGGAUGACGGUAGGGGCGACCCGUCUGGCUUUGACGAGCAGAUCGAGGACGAGGAUCUCAUGGGCGGCACGAUGAGCAUGCACUAG